AUGGAUUCAAUAUUUCCCUCGAGAUCCAAGUGUUUCCACAAGACAAACCUGGAAAGUGUGUCCACAGUCUAUUCGAAUUUGGCUGGCUUUCUCCCUACAGUGUGCUCGCUGGAGGCAGCCGUUGCAAGACUCUUAAAGUCGUUAGACGGUGUGUUUGAAGUAGCCCUCUCAGGAACCGCUGUCGAGCUGCCCGAGAAGCCAGGAACUGCUGCUGUUUUGAAGGUUACAGAAAAUGACAACCACGGACAGUCUAUGUCCUCACUGCACGAGGCGUCGGCGCCUAGUGAAUCUGAUGUGGACAUGAAGGCAUCGUCAAAGCGUUAUUUCACUGACCCGUCGCUGUCGUCCAGCAUAGAACCCUUGAGACUGCAGCUGGGUUCCGAUUUGUUUCAUGCAGCUCUCGUACCUCUGCGGACCUGGAAAGAAUCGUUUGGAGCCCUUCCGGGGAAGCUCAAGCUGUUGGAAGCUCAUGCGUAUACCCACGACCUAAACCGUUAUCGUCACAACAUCCUCGUUCAGAAAAAGUGUUUCUAUAAGGGCAGCAAAGCGUCAGAACGAAUGCUACUGAGGUUAGAAUCGAACCUGCAACAAUCUGAAAUGAAGAUGCGUGCCAGCAGAGUGGUGGGUUCUCUGCACGCUAUGAACAUGCUCACUCAGCCUUAG